AUGUCUUCUGUUGAGGGUGCAUGUGUCGGCCGCGAAGAGACUCGCCCACCAGCUAUAGCUCUGCAUGAAAUCGACACCGAAGGCCGAGCUGAAGCUCAUAACGACUGGAACCAUGGAUCCAUGGCAAAUGUUGCGACGGUAGAGCCUGUGCCGCCGAAUGGGGGAUAUGCGUGGGUUUGCACGUUUGCUGUGUUUCUAAUCAACGCUCAUACUUGGGGCGUCAACGCUUCCUGGGCCGUCAUCAUGGCACAUUACUCGGCACAUCCGGAAAUGGUCAAAGCCUCGCACCUGGAAUUCGGUCUUGUGGGCGGUCUAUCCAUCUCUCAGGCGCUUCUCAUCUCGCCAAUUGUAACAUUAGUCCGGAAGCACAUUGGCGCUCGAUGGACUCUUUUCAUCGGCAGUAUACUGAUUUUCGUAUCCCUUCUCACGUCUUCGUUUGCCACAAAGAUCUGGCACUUGGUUCUCAGCCAGGGCUUCUGUUUUGGUUGGGGCAUGGGAUUCGCCUACGUCACGGCAUCGGCUCUGUUACCGCCGUGGUUUUCUUCACGACGAAGUCUGGCAGUUGGUCUAGCUACAGCAGGCUCUGGUAUCGGCGGUUUAGUUUACAGUAUUGUGACGGAUCGCAUCAUUAACACUUGGGAUUUGGGCUGGGCGUACCGGGUCCUCGCUGUUGCUGCGCUCGCCGCGAACUUACUUGCCUCCUUCUUGCUGCGAGACUUUAACAGCAGGCCGAGGGAUGUUGCUCCCGGAGAAAUACGCUCCAGCACUUUCAGUCCACGCGAUUUUGGACGAGUUGAAGUGCUCCUCAUUGUUGUCUGGGGCUUCGCCACAGAACUAGGAUACAUUAUCCUGCUCUACUCGUUGCCCAUAUACGCAGCAUCCAUCGGCCUCACACCCGCGCAAGGAUCUGUGGCAAAUGCCCUCCUCAAUCUUGGCUUAGCCAUCGGUCGACCACCCCUAGGCUACUUCAGCGACACGUUUGGCCGGAUCAGCAUGGCGGGCAUCACAACAUUGCUCUGCGCUGUCUUUUGCUUCGCCCUCUGGAUCCCGGCGCAGUCGUACGCGCCGCUCCUGGUGUUUGCCUUGAUUUCCGGAAUGCUCUGCGGCACAUUUUGGUGCACAGUUACCCCGGUGCUUGCUGAGGUUGUUGGUAUUGGAAAACUAGCCAACACGUUUGGGGUCAUCUGUAUUGGUCUGGUUCUGCCGACGACUUUUGCUGAGCCGGUGGCGAUGAGACUUGUUUCCGGGAAUACCAGCAGCAGUAAUGCGUUCAUUCAUGCUCAAGUAUUUGCGGGGUUCAUGUUUUUUAUCGGAUCAGUGUGUUUGUGGUUGCUGAGAUGUUGGAAGAUCUUUACGGAUGUUGAGAGGCGAGAGGAGUCGAGGACUGCUUUUGAGAGACAGCAUCGGUAUUGGGUUUCUUGGAUUACCCCUCAGAUGUUGUUUAGCACUCAGAGGGUAUAG